GCUGGACCGCCCUUAAAUGUUGCCAUGACAACAUUGGGCGCGCAGCCUUUGGAGCGAGGCGCCCGCUAAAGCAGGUGUCCGAUUGCAGCGCGCUCCCGGAGGCUCUGGGAUCUUCUCCGAGUCUGGCUACUAUUUCUCCGCCUCCCUCUAGGACAGCUUCCUAACCCGGCGGGGACGCACAGAGUGAAAAUGGUUCACCAUUCAGGCUCCAUUCAGUCCUUUAAACAGCAAAAAGGAAUGAAUAUAAGCAAGAGUGAGAUAGCGAAAGAAACUUCAUUAAAACCGUCUCGGAGAUCUCUGCCUUGCCUGGCCCAGAGCUACGCUUGCUCAAAGAGCUUGAGCCAGUCCACCUCGCUCUUCCGGUCAGUUGAGAGUGAAUCUCAGGCUCCCACUUCUGUAACCUCAGUCUCCGCUGACAAAGCAGAGCAAGUUAACAUUGAAGAAGACAGAAAAGACUUUGUGCUCAAAUGCUCUUUUGCUGACCUCAGCGAUUUUUGUUUAGCCCUAGGAAAAGAUAAGGAUUACACGGAUGAAUCAGAACAUGCUAACUACGACCGGUCUCUGCUCAUUAAAGAUUUUGUUCCCAAAGACAAUUCUGAACCCAAGAGAAGACUGCCGAAGAAUGACAUGAAUUACAUAGCAUCCAGUGGACUUCUAUUCAAAGAUGGCAAAAAGCGGAUUGAUUACAUCCUGGUUUAUAGAAAGUCAAAUAUACAAUAUGACAAAAGAAACACAUUUGAAAAGAAUCUCAGAGCAGAAGGCUUGAUGUUGGAAAAGGAGCCAGCUGUUGCAAAUGCUGAUAUCAUGUUUAUUAAAAUUCACAUUCCAUGGGACACGCUGUGCAAGUAUGCAGAGAGGCUGAAUAUCAGGAUGCCCUUCAGGAAAAAAUCAUACUACACUGACGGGAGGAACAAACCAAUGGGCAGUGUACACAACUAUUUUAGAAGACUCAAAAAAUGGAUGUCCCAAAACCCAAUGGUUCUCGACAAGUCAGCUUUUCCAGAACUGGAGGAGUCGGACUGUUAUACAGGCCCUUUCAGCCGUGCACGGAUUCACCACUUCAUCAUAAACAAUAAGGACACCUUUUUCAGCAAUGCCACUCGUAGCAGAAUAGUCUAUCACAUGCUGCAGCACACCAAAUAUGAAAACGGAAUAUCCAAAGUGGGUAUCUGUAAACUUAUAAACAAUGGCUCAUAUAUAGCAGCUUUUCCCCCACAUGAGGGAGCCUACAAGAGUAGCCAGCCCAUCAAAACCCACGGACCUCAGAAUAACAGACAUCUGUUAUAUGAGCGCUGGGCACGCUGGGGAAUGUGGUACAAGCAUCAGCCCCUGGAUUUAAUCAGGCUAUAUUUUGGAGAGAAGAUUGGGCUGUACUUCGCUUGGUUGGGAUGGUAUACUGGAAUGCUGAUUCCUGCAGCUCUGGUUGGCUUGUGUGUGUUCUUCUAUGGAAUAUUUACAAUGAAUGCAAGUCAAGUAAGCCAAGAAAUUUGCAAGGCUACUGAAGUCUUCAUGUGCCCGCUUUGUGACAAGAAUUGCUCGCUACAGAGGCUCAACGACAGCUGUAUCUAUGCCAAGGUGACGUAUUUGUUUGAUAAUGGCGGGACAGUCUUCUUCGCUAUUUUUAUGGCAAUAUGGGCCACUGUCUUCCUGGAGUUUUGGAAAAGGAGAAGAAGUACACUGACCUAUACUUGGGACCUUAUUGAAUGGGAAGAAGAGGAGGAAACACUCCGUCCACAGUUUGAAGCAAAGUAUUACAAGAUGGAGAGAGUGAAUCCCAUCAGCGGAAAACCUGAGCCACAUCAGCCUUCCUCGGACAAAGUCAGCCGUCUUCUUGUUUCUAUCUCAGGAAUAUUCUUCAUGAUUUCUCUGGUGAUCACUGCAGUGUUCGCAGUUGUAGUAUAUCGCCUAGUUGUCAUGGAACAGUUUGCCUCGUUCAAGUGGAAUUUCAUCAAACAACACUGGCAGUUCGCGACAUCAGCUGCUGCCGUCUGUAUCAAUUUCGUAAUCAUUAUGGCACUGAAUCUUGCUUAUGAAAAAAUUGCCUACCUUCUCACUAAUUUAGAAUAUCCUCGGACAGAAUCUGAAUGGGAAAACAGCUUUGCCCUGAAGAUGUUCCUCUUCCAGUUUGUCAAUUUAAACAGUUCUAUCUUCUAUAUUGCUUUCUUUUUGGGGAGAUUUGUAGGCCACCCAGGAAAUUACAAUAAACUUUUUAACCGGUGGAGACUGGAGGAAUGUCAUCCUAGUGGCUGUCUGAUAGACCUCUGCCUCCAGAUGGGAGUGAUCAUGUUUUUGAAGCAAAUAUGGAACAACUUCAUGGAACUGGGAUACCCGUUGAUCCAGAACUGGUGGUCAAGACAUAAAAUCAAACGGGGAAUCCACGAUGCCUCUAUACCUCAGUGGGAAAACGAUUGGAAUCUGCAGCCCAUGAAUAUUCAUGGUCUGAUGGACGAAUACUUAGAAAUGGGUAUCUGGUAUGGAAUUCUUGAAGGAAUUGGUAUAUUGGCUGUGAUCACCAAUGCAUUUGUAAUUGCUAUUACAUCUGAUUACAUCCCACGUUUUGUCUAUGAAUACAAAUAUGGUCCCUGUGCAAGUCAUUUUGAAUAUGGUGAAAAUUGUUUAAAGGGAUAUGUCAACAAUAGCCUAUCCUUCUUUGACCUGAGCGAGCUUGGUAUUGGAAAGUCUGGUUAUUGCAGAUACCGAGACUACAGAGGUCCCCCUUGGAGUUCCAGACCCUAUGAGUUCACCUUACAAUACUGGCAUAUCCUCGCUGCUCGGUUGGCCUUCAUUAUCGUGUUUGAGCACCUUGUUUUUGGGAUCAAGUCAUUCAUUGCAUACCUGAUUCCAGAUGUACCAAAGAACCUGUAUGACCGAAUACGACGGGAGAAGUACUUAGUCCAAGAAAUGAUGUAUGAGGCUGAACUUGAGCAUUUGCAACAACAGCGGAGAAAAAGUGGUCACCCUGUUCACCAUGAAUGGCCUUAGCUGAUACCUGUUGCCCAGCAGGGGCAAUACCAUUAGUGACAAUGACAGCAACUUCAAAGUCUAGGUGAGAUCUAGGAUGAAAGCAUACCUGGCAAACCACAUGUAUAAUAUUCUGCUUGGAAAUGCAUCACACCCAUCUCUGGGAUUUGUAAUAUCCAGGCUUCUAGGAGGAAAAAAGAUGAUUCAUGACCUUAAAAAAUGGUUAGGCUGACAUUAUAGGAAGCCAGGGUCAAAUUCUCAGAAGCAGCCUCAGGGAGUUGUGUGUUUGGAGACCUUCACCUUCCAUCAGCUGCAGGGUCAUAGGAAGGGUGCUGGUGAGGUUUCUAGAGGCAGAUUUCCUUGUAAGUGUCCACAAGCCAAGCAAGACUUAAAGUAUCACGCAGCCUUCAUUCUCCCAGUAGUCUGACUUUGAAACCUUAGGUUGAGUUGAGAUACUUAUAAGAAAUGACCUCCAUUGAUUGUUGCCUUUGCUGCCCGGACUCCAUGUCCCUUCAGCUUACAGAUUUGUAGGAAAUUCCCUCAUUUCUUGCUGAGACUAUGGACCUGUGCCACAGUGCAUUUAUGCUGCUCCACACUGACUAUGCAGUUGAAGAGUUGCACAUCACCCUUAGCCGUCAAACCAAAAACCUGAGACUCCAAAAAAAUACCAUUCAUUGAAAUAACAUUCCAUUGCAUUGGUUACAUUCAAAUCUGUUGUAUCACUGGCAGAACCAGUUGCACUGAAUUUUUUUUUUUUUUUUACUAAAUGCCAAUAGACCCACAUACUUAUAAAAUAUAGGUGUUUAUUCUCAUAUCCUUUAGAAUACUACUAAUUCAUAUUUUACUGUGGAAGGUGGUUUUAUAGUAUAUUUAAUUUUUCCUUUGCUGAUUUAUGACAUCAGGUCUCACAGAAUAAUUGGAAAUGCUGUAAAUAUGUUGGUCCCCCUUGUACCUUUGCACCUUGACUGUCUGUAAUGCAAGUUACCAUUUGUGCAGCUCUGAGACCAAUUACCCAGUUAAGCCAAUGUGACUUGUUUAUUCAGGAAAACAGAAGCCAGAUGCUUUGCAACUCUUAUGCUUUUCCAACAAUGUGCACUCUUGCUCAGAGCUAAGGAAAACAAUGCAUGGAUAUAAAUUGAUACUAUUUGUAAAAACGACAUGCGUAUUUUUGAGUUAUACUUUAUUUUCAUCACUGAAGGGAGUUUUCUUUCAUUAUUUCUUUGAUAGAUUGAUUUGGUUUAUGUUUGAAGACUCUCUAGAAACAAAGGCAAAAUAAUUAUGAAAGAAAUUACUUUGCUUUGUGGUGGAGUUGCUAUUUCAGGGUCAACUUUGUACCUGUGAGUAUGACUGUUCAUGGAUGAGGUGGAAGGAUGGGACCUUUAACUACAGAAAGUCUGGUGAAGGCAUAAGCUAUGGGGGCAGGAUGGGAAGAAAGGGAAGGGUUGCAUUAAAAGAAAUGGAUGGUAAGAAUCAAUACACUUUUCCUUGUAAAACAAGGUUCUCUCCAUUUUCCUGCCCUGGGAAUGGGGUGCGGACUAACACAUACUCACAGUCAUACAUAUAUGUGAUGAUUAUUAUGAUUUGUCCAAUUAAUUUUUGCCCAAUUAAACAAAGCACAAUUAUUUCCAAAAUGUAUAAAUCCCUGUGAUUAAACACAAUGGAACUAAAGCUACUUUCUAUAUGUGCUAUGGUUCCCCUAGCAAGAAAAUGAUAAAGUUUCUCUUACUAGAAAAGUAUUUUUAUAAUUCUAAUACUAAUUUUUUUUUAAUUCCUUCUUUCCUUCUAGGGAAAAGCUGAUAGGUUAUAAUUGUUGGUUGGUUUAUUUUGUCAAAAAUACGCACUUCCCUACUUGCCUUCUGAUUUUGAGCAAGAGGGAGAACCGCAGACUCUAAAUGUCCCUCAGAUGCCCUUGCCAUGUGAGACUCUUCCAGUCAGAUGACAGGGAGACUCUGUUUCUGCCACAUGGUUAUUCAUAGCAACGAAUCCCACUAACUCUACAAAGGAGUUUUAAACUCCUUCAUUUUUGGAGCAUCUACAUUUCCUUUUUUUUGCCAGUUAAAUGUAUACACAUGCCUGAGAAUAAAUGUUCUUUAUGCCUGUUGAAGACAUAAAUGAACCUGACAUUUCUGUCUUUUCCAAAUUAGGGACACAAGGCAAAGACAUUCAUCUUACGGUAGAGCAAAAAAUAAUGAUCGCCGUACCUUUGAGAAUUCUUGUCUUUCUGAGUUAGUUUUAUAUAACCACCCUCAAGGUUUAAAAUCAUAUCGAUUGCCUAAAGAGAAAAAGUAUGAAAAGAGAAAGGUAUUUUUAAUAAGAAAUUAUACGACAUUGAUUUAGACAGUGCCAUCUCUGAUGUUUUUUGAAACUGAUGGAAAAUUGGAGAAACAAUGAAAAAAAGUAUCUGAACUUUGCCUUUUGUGAAACAGUGUAGUAGAAUCUAGCUAUGCCUUCAUCAUUGUUGACAGCAAAAACACUGACUGCCCUUGGGAGGAUGUUAGUUUUAGAUCACACUGCUUUAGUGGAGAGAAAUGUUUUAUACCAUGGUUUUCAUAUGAAUACAAAUUAUUUCUUGAAGAUUUAUAUAGCACACACUUUUCUCAGGAAUUCUGUAUUACAUGAAUGCUGCUUCUAUAUUUUCCUAUUCUAAAUUGUUGUCUUUUCAAGCAAAUUAAUAUAUAUGUGCAUGUAGUCAGCCUGACAAGUUGUUCAAAGCUGAAGUACUUUCAUGGUGUAGUGUGUGGCAAUUUGCUUGAGAUUGUAACAGAAAUAGUUUGUAAUUGUCUGACCCUGUGCAUGCACUUUUAGAUAAAAUGCUGCUGAGUGACUGACUGCAUGAGGUACAACUUUCAAAUGCUGCACUUUCUUCCAGAACAACUCUUAGCACAAUCUAUUGUGGAAUGGAAUGAAAAGAAACCUUUUUCACUCAAUAAAUUAUCAUGUGAUAUUUUUUUCCUACA